GUCAAUUGCUGGAUUCUUCCUUCUGGUUAAAAAUAAAAUAGGCAAACAAGUCACUUUUGUUGGGAAAAUAUUUCAAUAUUGUUUAUUUUGCCAUAACCACCACCAACAACAACCUUAAUUCUUUUUCAUUUCAUCGUCUUUCUUCUAGAAAGAAUUAAAUAAAUAUGAUUCUUCUUUCCUUUCCUUACAUAUUGAGUUUUUGAUACCAUAUGAAUGUUCUUCUUAUUGGAUUAUUAUUCAUAAACACUUAAUUAAUAGAGGGUGAUCUAUAGGAUCCAAAUUACUCAAAUAUAUCACAAUUAACAUUUAAGAGAGAAAGUAUAAUGGAGAAUUCAAUAGGAUUUGAAUGUUUAGUUGUCUUUGUUGUGUCGGGAAGUAUGGUGAUUUUGGCUCAUCAAGUCCAUAAGCAUCUUUUCAAUAACUUUAUGAAGAAAUUUGAUUGCGAAAUUCGGGGUGUCUUGCAUCCACAUCAUCCAAAAAAAUUGAGUGGUUUGAGGAAACAUCAAACAAAAAAGGUGCGGUUUGCAGAACAUGUUUUCGAAUUUCCUAUGGAGAAGGGUGAUGUGGAAUGAAGUUUGAAAUGGCAAAGAGGGUCGAAAAUGAGAAGGAUAUAUAUGAUGUCUUCUAAUAGGGUAUAUAGCUCUAUAUAAAGGAAAUUUUGCAAUAUAAGGCAUUCACUAGGGGGAACAUGCACGAUUUUUUAUUGAUUCUUUUCAACUUGCCAUGGUGAUCAAUAUAUUUAUUCUCUUUUCAUUUUCAAUAUAUUUUGUAAUGAUUCUAUUUUGGUCAAGUGUUGUUGAUGGUUGUUCUUUAAUGUGUUA